GAAAAUCAAAGGGAACUUUUCAGUGAAUCGAUCAUAGUUGAGGUAUUGCUAAAACCCCUUUUAACCACACAUUAUAAAUUUCAUGGGGACGAGAAUUUAAACACAACUUGUUGAGUAAACUCAGAUGAUUUCGUCUCAUGGUCGUUUCUUCGAUACCCAAAUUCUUCCCUCGACCUAUUGCGAUUCCUCUCUCGUUUCCUCCUCCCCUUUAUCUCAAAUGGGUCUCCACCUUCUCCACAAUCGAAUCUUCUCCACGCCCUCUCCAGAAUCUUUCCUCAUUCCUCAAUGGCAGACCCUCAAGCAGCUCCUUGGAUUGCGAGCUCUCCGUGGUCUCAGCCUUGAAGUACUGCGCCUCCAGUUCAGCCAUUUCUUCAGGGCAACAAAUCCAUGCCAUCGUUCUCAAAUAUGGGUUUAAUUCGAAUACUUUCAUCCUUAAUAGCUUGAUCAAUAUGUAUGUUAAAUGUGGACUUCUUUCCAGUGCCAGAUUGCUGUUUGAUUCGUGUUCUGUCUUGGAUUCUGUUUCUUGUAACAUUAUGAUGUCUGGGUAUGUAAAACUUCGCCAAUUGGAGAACGCACGCCAGUUGUUCGCCAAAAUGCCUGAAAGAGGCUGCGUCUCUUACACCACUAUGAUUUUGGGUUUGGCACAGAAUGAUUGUUGGGGAGAAGCAAUUGAGGUUUUUAAGGAUAUGAGGUCUGCAGGUGUAGCCCCAAAUGAAGUGACAAUGGCAAGUGUUAUGUCAGCAUGUUCACAUAUUGGUGGUAUUUGGAAUUGCCGGAUGCUCCAUGCACUGGUAAUAAAGUUACAUUUUUUUGGUCUUGUUCUUAUUUCGACAAAUUUGUUGCACAUGUAUUGUGUUUUUUCAAGUUUAAAGGAUACUAAGAGAUUAUUCAAUGAGAUGCCAGUGCGUAAUACUGUUUCAUGGAAUGUGAUGUUAAAAGGGUAUGUAAAAUCAGGUCUUGUUGAUCAAGCAAGAGAGUUGUUUGAGAGGAUUCCAGAAAGAGAUGUAUUUUCUUGGGCUAUAAUGAUUGAUGGGUUUGUGCAAAUGAAACGGUUAAGGAAAGCUUUGUUAUUGUAUUCUGCAAUGAGAAAAAGUGAUUUGCAUCCCAAUGAAGUGUUGAUCGUUGAUUUGCUUUCUGCUUGUGGGCAAUCAGUUUCAAUUGAGGAAGGCAGGCAGUUCCAUUCUUUGAUAGUUAAAAAUGGUUUUGUUUGUUUUGAUUUCAUACAAGCAACUAUUAUUAGUUUCUAUGCAGCUUGUAGAAGGAUUGAUCUUGCUUAUUUGCAAUAUCAGAUGAGUGAUAAGAGUCAUCUCACGUCUUCAAAUGUCAUGAUUGUGGGCUUCACAAAGAACGGAAUGAUUGAUCAAGCAAGACAAAUAUUUGAUAUGAUGCCUGAAAAAGAUGUUUUUUCGUGGAGCACCAUGAUUUCUGGUUAUGCACAAAAUGAGUUGCCUGAUGUGGCUUUAGACCUUUUCCAUGGAAUGAUUGAUAGUAAAGUCGAGCCUAACGAGAUCACCAUGGUUAGUGUUUUCUCUGCGAUUGCAGCUUUAGGUAAACUACCAGAAGGAAGAUGGGCCCAUGAGUAUGUUUGCAACAAAGUCAUUCCUCUUAAUGAUAAUUUGAGUGCUGCAAUCAUUGACAUGUAUGCCAAAUGUGGAAGUAUCGACACUGCCUUAGAUGUGUUCCGUCAGAUCAAAGACAAGACCUCUACGGUCUCGCCAUGGAAUGCCAUCAUAUGUGGAUUGGCGAUGCAUGGGCAUGCAAAUCUAUCUCUUGAAAUAUUUUCCAACUUGCAAAGACGGAGUAUCAAGCUCAAUUCGAUUACAUUUCUCGGGGUUCUCAGUGCUUGUUGCCAUGCUGGAUUAGUCGAGGUCGGGGAGAGAUAUUUCUGGAGCAUGAAGACUCAACAUGGUGUAGAACCAAACAUUAAGCAUUAUGGAUGUCUAGUGGAUCUGUUAGGCAGGGUUGGGCGAUUAAGGGAAGCAGAGGAAAUUGUAAGAACCAUGCCAAUGAAGGCAGAUGUUGUCAUAUGGGGCACAUUAUUGGCCUCAAGUAGAACACACGGGGAAGUCGAAAUAGGUGAAAGAGCUGCAGAGAAUUUGGCUAGAUUGCAACCGUCUCACGGGCCAGGUCGUGUCCUCCUAUCUAACUUAUACGCUGAUGCAGGGUUGUGGGAAGAUGCAGCCUUGGUUAGAAGAGCAAUACAAAGUCAAAGGAUGAUAAGAUCGCCUGGGUACAGUGGUGUUGUAUGAAGAGUUAUAUAGAAGGAAAACCAUAUGGAAAAUUUUGGUCAUUUAACUCUUUUUAAGUUAUAAUGCAUUUGUUUAUAACACCUAUCUCUUUGCAUUUACAUUCAAAAUAUAACUGAAUUUAUUUUCUGUGAUAAUUUUCAGCUUUUAUCAAUUCUUCUGCAA